UGAAGACCGGGUGACAAACCUGUCAACAAGUCUUCGCCUCUGUUUGUCGUCAUUGAUGGCCGACUUCUGGGUUUCACAAUCACCACAACUGAUCUGACAUUGGAUUCAAUGAUAACAUUAAGACUUUACACCCAAUAGUACCCAAUAGUACCCAAAUUGGGAACCCAUUAAAGCCUGUGAAUUGAGUGCAUCUGUUUGUGUGGAUCACCGGUGAAGACAAUUUGGUGGACAGACAUGUCUUCCGUGCGAUCGUAUGUGUUGUCAGUGUUGGUCCACAUGUCGGCCACAAUAGUCUUCGGGUACUCUCUGUACUGGUGUUACACUAAUCCCGAUAUACCGACGAAGAAUCCGCGCGGAUCUAUGGCCUGGAGAUACAAAUACUUAACAUUUUGGGAUCUGUGGCUUCAAUUCAUCGCAUUCUCGUUAUGCCUGUUGUCCGACAUUUUAGGCCAACAAUCGAUAUCUUCGGGUUUCGUUAGACUUCGAGACAUUGUCUUCAAUAGUCUCGCGCUUCCCAUCGGAUUCUUUGUUGUGACCACAUUCUGGGCUAUCUAUGCAUUUAAUAGGGAACUGGUUUUCCCGACGGGUGUUGAGAAAUGGUACCCCUCGUGGCUGAAUCACACCACUCACUCGAUUAUAUUGCCAUUACUAUUGUUGGAGUCAUAUCUGGUCCGACACUCGAGCGGUCGACAGCGCACGGCAUACCCACUACUCCUGUUGUCUGUAGUGAUUGUCUACUUAUUAUGGGUUCUGUACAUCGCAUUCAAGACCGACCACUGGGUGUAUGGCGUACUGGAAGUGCUCAACUGGCCGUCCAGAGCCGUGUUCUUUGCCGGCUGUGCCUCUCUUAUGCUGUCAUUCUUCUACGUUGGCGUUCAGUUGAAUGCCUUGUUUUGGGGCACCGAGAAGACACCGAAACCAAAGUCAGAACAAAACCGACGAAAAGUGAAAUGAAAAUAGCAUUUUGUUUGCAUUACUCACUCUUUUAUUGUUUUUAUUGCCAUUUCUUUGAUAUUUCUUUUUGUUUAGGUUUUGGUUUUUAUUAAACUUUGAUUGUUAUACUAUUUUUUAACUUUUUAAAUUGUUUUUAAAUGCAUUACUCGAUACCGG